AUGCUCAAUAAAUGCGGUGUUGACAAGUUAUUCAUUGUGGAGCUGUGCGAUGACAUACCCGUUGAUAUGGCCGUCGCGGUGGGAUUUGAGUUUUCCUCAUCCAUCUUUCAUAGUAUCAAGAUGUUUGUCAGAGAUCGGUAUCCAAUCAAACGGAAUGGCUGGAAGGAUCUCAGUACCUUCGAAGAGCGGAAUUCUUGGCAGGUGCAGGCCUUGCUGAUUGAGAACCAACUCGUAUGGGCGAGGUAUUUGAAGGUUGAGCUUUUGACCCAGUACGGGAAUGAGUUUUAUUGUCGGGUUACCUUGUCGAGGGUACAUGAGGUGACUAUGAUGGAAGAGUUGAAAAACCUAGGCGAGAUCAUCAGUGUUGGCGGGGCUGAGGAGUACACCAUUGAGCAAGUGGCGCCUGAGGCCGUUGCAAUGAAUGUGAAGAAGGAGGUGCAAGCAGGGGUCACAGCUAUGACCCUGGCGUUGGAGGAGGCGACGCCUAAGGAGGUGCAAGCGGUCAAUGAAGCUCUAGUUCGGGAGAUCAGGAUCCAAAGGUAUCAUGACGGAUCGGCGAGUUCUGGGCCGGUAUUGAUGUUGGGAGUUGAGCCUUUGUUUCUGCGGACUUGUGAAGUCAUGAAUAUGCCCUCUGCGACGCAUCCCACUCCCACCUCCAGCAUGACGGAGUCGUCCACUGUCAUUUCCGCUGGAAUAGUUUCUUCCUCCGUAGGAAUAAUUCGGGCCAUCAGUCCUAUGAGUACGAUCUCGAAUCCCACGGAAGCAGCGCCAGCAAGGGACCAACACCGGCGACUCCCCCAUGCCAGAGACAAAGAGAGGGAGACGGCAUCUAAUACUACUUCUGCCAGCAUUAAAGCACCCGGCACAACCUUCCGAGGCCCAAACACCACCACACCCCUUUCCUUCCCCCCCUUCCUCUCCUUCACCCUCCGGAUCCCCAGUAACGCACGCUCAUUCCCACCCCCAACCUCUCCCCGUGGUGUUAACAACCCAAGAAAGCGAAGCUGUAAUUCAUAGAAUUAUUCUCGAAAACACGACCCGUCCCAGGAUCCUUACUAGCCUCUACAACAAGCUCAAUUGCCAAUGCCUUCCGGUACCCCACCCUAUCAGUGAUGGAAAAAGCCGACCCCCGCUACCAGCAUUAAUAAUCGAUGGGUUUGAGCAUUGGAUGCUCAUUCAGGUUCUACUAAACCAGAUGAAGAAUACCAACGUCUAACAGAUUUCCUUCAAGCACCAAAGCACGCUGUAAUCGAUUCGGCUACAAAACGACCUGCAACAACGACCUCAAUCCCCAGCUCGGCAUUCCCGGCUGCCCCAAAAGACUGAGUUGUCUAGCGUUACGCAGGGCAUCUCGAGAGAGCCCUCGAAUCCACCGCCGGUAGCGCUGAAGGGAUAGAGGAGGUCCCGGACAUCGAAGGCCCCCGGAUAGAACUCGCAUACUUUAGACCAAAGUCCACCGAGACUCAAUCGGAAACCCGUAAAACACAAGCAGAGUUAGUAAGCGCGCUGAAAGAACUAGACUGGAUAAAGACAAAGUUAUCGGCAGGUAAUUCGAGGGAUCUGCACGCAAAUGGCUAGCGGAGGAGGACGGAGAGAUAGAAUUGCUGAAGAAGAGGGGGGCAGAGACGCAAGCUGAACUGGACAGUUCAAGGAACAAAGUGAAGGAAUUGAGGAGGUUGAAUUCUGCUAGCAGCUGA